CGACAUGGCUGCCCCUGAAGGUGCUCUGCCCAAAACCUUCUCCGUGUCCGCAGACAAGCCGCUUGCUCUCCCAGACGAGCUGUCCUACAUAAUAUCAGCUUUCCAGCCUUCCGAGCCCCAUACCUCUCGAUCUAAAGCCAUCCUCGUUCUCUCUGCCUUCUGCCAAGGCGUCCGCUCAUCUUUCAGCGGAGGUCAGAAGCCAGUCUCAGACAAUGCUCCAACCGAAUCCUUGGGCAAAGUUUUCCUCCCGUUACUCUCUGCCAAGCUCGCAGACACCACGAAGGAGGGCUACGUUGUUACAGCAUCGUUUCUAUCAUCACUCUUCCAGGUCGAUUGGCAAUCAGCUGCAUAUAUCUUCCAACAGGAUGGAGUCAUUGACUACAUCACAGAUGCCAUAGACAUCUUUCCCUCUCAAGACGCGUGCCUCGAGACCUCGAGACUCUUAAGUCAAGCUGCUGGUCAUAAAACUUGUCGUUCACUCAUUACAGAAGAUCUCGUACAAUGGCUCGAAACCUCAUGCCGUUCUUCUAACCCCGAUCUCCGCGCCUCCAGCGCGAUUGCUGUUGUCAAGUUAUCUCGCGGCCAGUCCUCUGACUCCACCGAGGCAACAGGUCAGGCUGAGGCUCAUCUCACUACAUCAAACGAUGGCGAUCUCACCAACCUCUUCACAAAACUCAUCAUUAGCGAGGAAAAGGAUCUCUCCUCUAUCUCCGAUGCUGUGGAGGGCUUGGCAUAUCUCAGUUCCAAUUCAUCUGUUAAAGAGCACAUUUCAAAAGACCGGAACUUUCUCACCAAGCUCUUUUCCCUUGUUUCCAAGCGCAAGGAAUCACCACCUUCCCAACUGUCUAGCUUGAUCUUCGGGAUCGUUACUAUUGCUCAUAACCUAAGCACUUAUCGGCCACGAUUAAGUCAAGAAGAUGCUCAGAUAGACAAACUACGUCGAAUGGCGAAAGCUGGGAACAAGAAAGGGGCAGCGGAGGAGUCAGAUCCUCUUGACGACGACGUGCAUGUAAAGACUAGAGCACGUACCUUGGCUGCUACAGGAGUGCUUGACGUCCUAGCACUUGCAUCGCGCCUAAACAGUCAAGGUAUCAGAGCGACCACAGGACGGACCUAUCUGAACAUCGCAGAGGACACUGAGAAUCGAGGUCGGAUGCUGCAAAGCGGCGCAUCCAAAAGUUUGAUGAACCUUGUUAAACCCUCAGCAGAUUCCAAGGCAGAGACAUUGGAUCCUCUCGACCUCUUCGCCGUCCAGGCAUUGGCUAAGCUAUCUAUAACUGCUUCCCCAGUUCAAGUAUAUGGCCCUAACAUCGGAACGGUAUUUGAUGCCAUUCGACCCCUCGCGCAAAUGCUUCUGCACGAUUCAGCAACUUUACUUCAGCGUUUCGAGUCCCUCAUGGCAUUAACCAACAUCUCAUCCUGUUCUCCUGAAUGUGCCAUGCGGGUUGGAAGCUUCAAAGAUCUCCUUAACAAAGUAGAGUUACUUCUGUUAGAGGAUCACACACUAGUUCGGCGAGCAUCAAUGGAACUGAUAUGCAACCUCAUUGCAGGCUCUGAUGAGGUGUUUGAACGAUAUGGAGGUUCUGAAGACCUGAAGGCGGGGCGAUCCAAGCUCCAGGUCGUUGUCGCCAUGGCAGAUGUAGAGGAUCUCCAAACAAGGCUGGCUGCAUCUGGCGCUCUGGCAAUACUAUCGGACUCGCCGAGCGCAUGUCGGUCAUUGUUCGACCUUCAGGUCGAACGUCAUCGCUUGUUCUCCAUCCUCGGCCAACUCAUUGCCCCUGAUACGGAUGCAGAGGACAACUCGAGCUUAGCAGAUCCUGGACUGAUACAUCGGGGUGUCGUAUGCUUCCGCAACCUCUUCCUUAACCCACAAGAAUCCUUACCCCCCGAUGCUGUGUUGAAAGAAGCCGAGGAAGCAGACACCACUCAAACAUUGAUACGCUUGUUGAAGGGUGAAUUUGGAUCCGUGGAUGCGGCUGUGGCUAAGCCUGCAAUGGAGGCGCUAAAUUACCUUAUAGAAGUAAAGAAAAAGGUACCCAAGAACGACAACUAACGGUCUCGAAGCCCAUAAUAUUGGUCGUUGAUUACUUUGUGUAGCUUACUUAUUGUUGAGCUUAUGAUCCGUG